CACAAGCUCAUCACGGACGGGCCACACGUAAUCGUACGCCGCCCGAGCUACAUCGCCUCCGCCGUGAUUGCGGCUCGGAACAUCAUCGUAAUGACGAUGGCGGGUCGUGGUACACGGAAGCGGGAUUGCGAGGCACGCCUGCGGGGAAGUUGCUGGGGCAUCCGUUGUUGGCGGUCGGGAUCUACGUUGCAUGAAACAUGCUUUGUCGAGCCAAUGGUGAGGAGGGGAUGCUGA